GCUAAGGCAUGGACGUUGUUAUAGAUCAAUAAUGCAGUCUGUUUUAAGCUCUGGUUCAAGUGUUGCGGGGAAGAUCAAUCUGUCCUUAAAGACUGUGGCGUUUAUGUAUUUCCUGUUCUCUGUGCUGACACAGAUAGUAGACUGGCUUCCGCGCUCUUACGCCUUUAUGGAGGCUUGGUGUUUGGCACUCUUCCUCUGGGCAAUGGCUUGCAAGGAAAAUCCCGAGCCAGUGUCUUUGUUGCUGGUGUCUUUGGUCACGGGUAUCGUGUUCGAUAUCAUCCACAUGUGGCUCUCAUUUGGAUCAUCCUAUAAAACUUUAGUUGAAAGCGGUUGCGUGUCGUCGGGUCUUUUCUAUUUCUCGGUGACAAUGGCUGUCGUAGCGAUGCUGCUCAAGCCAGUCUACAUGCUGUUUCUCAGCUCUGAGUAUGGGAAGCGGGGAGGAGAUGUGUCCACUCUGUUCAAGGCGCCAACAGGAGGCAUAGGAAAUAUGAUGCCCCAGGGUGGACAGGCAUACCAGAAUCUAGACGGACAUGAUGAUAGAGCUAGCAUGCUGGGCGCAGGUGUCAAAGACCCCAACAGCGCAUUUGCUGGAUCGCAAGGUUUUCAGGGACAGCAGCCACAGAUGGGAAUGGGUGGGGGUUACGGAUAUUAAUUCCUAAGAUUUGAGAACUGGUCAACUGACUACAUGCUGAAAGACUAGUCCAAAGAUCGAAAGACAAUUUAUACUGAAAAUGGGCGUGGGUAAAGAUAACUAACAAUUCAGUACUGUGCAUGCUUGACGAGUUAUAGGGUGGGUGAUGAUGAUUCCAGCUUAGAUGUAGAUUCCAACAAGACGUAUUUUUUGUGCAUUAUAUUAUACUGGGAUCCAAAUCGUUUAUAGAUUGGUUGCUUGGCUAAUGAUUACCUUGAACUGACCAUAAAUUGGCUUUGAACGGAAUAUAGCUCGUAUUUAUCCCCAAUAUUGGGUAUAAUUUGAACGUAUGCCCGUUUUUAAACCACUUGGUUACUUAAUUUUAUUCGGAGAAAUAAAGAAGAUUAUUGUUCGCCUCAAUCGCAGCAUAAUCGCUAGAAUGAAGUAAGAUGGACAUGCCAAAGGUUUGCUCAUCAACUUUCAGACAAGAAAGAAAAAAAGAUUGGUUCAGUUCAACUUCUUUAUUUUAUCAGUGCUAAUAGUUCUGAGUCUCCUUGAAAUAUUAUAAUAUGGCAGCUUAUAUAGUUUGUUUCAUGCCCAAAAGCUGACAGUAUCACAGAUUCUAGUAAUAUCGACCUCACAACUUUUUUCUGUAAACGUCAAUGCUCGAAAUUUAUUUAUGAUGCAUUAAGUCUUUCGUAUAUUUAUACUAGUCUGUAAAGUUUUGAAUAAUCAACUAUUUAACAAAUAUAAAUUAACUAUAUUUGACUAUUAUUUCAAUUGAAAUUCAAAUACAAGUUUU